AUGAUAGUUUUUGAACCAGUUCAAGCUGCCAUUUGGCAUUGUCUUAAUCAUUAUUCAUACGAUGAUGCUAUCUUCCUUGCCGAGCGACUUUACGCGGAAGUUGAAUGUGACGAAUCUCUAUUUUUAUUGGCUACAUGCUAUUAUCGCUCAGGUCUGAUCUCAAUGGCUUACUCAACUUUAAAAAAGAAAGAUGCUCAUUCACCUCAAAUAAGAUGCCUACUAGCCAAGUGCUGUGUAGAUCUGCAAAAGUACGCAGAAGCUGAAUCCAUUUUGACUGGACAAAGUAUAAUGAAAUCAAAGGAAAUAAAUGAUGAUGACAUAAUAUCAGAGUUUGGCGAUGAAUCGUGUUUUGUUUUUAAAAUAUUGGCCAUUAUUGCAUCAAAAACUCACAGAAUAGAACUUACAGCUGAAAUGUAUAAAAAAUCAUUAAAAUUGAAUCCUUUUUUAUGGCAUUCAUUCGAACAACUCUGCAACUUAGGGUAUGAACCUGAUCCGAAUGAUAUUUUCACCGUUUCUAAAAUGGAAAAUUUCACUUGUUGUCACGGAAUAAAUCCUGUUGUUAAUUAUGUCAACAAUAACCUUAGCGAGAAGAACUAUCCAGUAAAUAAUUCAUCUAGUCACAACAAUAUGGAUUUACAUUAUAAAAGUUCUAGUACUCCUGUACAAUUGAUGAAUGUGGCAAACUCGGGAACAUGUGCUGUAAGACUUUUUGCUACCCCCGAAGAAAAUAUACCUAUGACACCAAGUUCAUUAGGAAUAGCUACUUUAUCAUCUAUACCAUCGUCUAAAGUUAAAAAAAAUUCAAGAUUUCGUAGUAUGUUUUCCCCUAUUCAAAUUCCAAGUUUCGGUUUGUUACCAUUCAAUUUUGACACGGGUAGUCCAGCAGACAAUUCUUCUGCCUUGACACCUGAUAUAUAUGAUUCUAAGAAUAGAUCGUUAUCGAACAAAGAAACUCCAUUGCAACAGGGAAAGCCAGUGUUUAGCCAGUCUGGGAAUACAAGCAACACUGCCAACAUAGUUAAUUCAAAUCAAUCGAAUUCGGUGACUCCCCCUUUACAAAGCGUUCGAAGAUCUACACGUUUGUUUUCAAGUAGCUGUUCCGUAAAGGAAAAUAAUAAAAGUCCAAAACAUGGGAAAUUUGUUAGUCCGAAAUCACCGUCUAGAAAGACAAAAAGAGGGGUCUCGAAAACGAAUUUAAGCAUAAACAGUUUUAACGAAAUCACUGUAAAUAAUAAUGAGAAAAAUCGAAACAAUGAUAAAAAUAAUAUUCCCGUCGAACAGAUAACAAAUGAAAAAAAUUCCGUAUCUAUAUCGAUGCAAGCAUUGCAAAUACAAAAAGAUGCUGCCGAGGGUCUUAUGACAUUAUUGAGAGAUAUUGGAACUGCUUAUUUAAAUUUAUCGAAAUUUGAAUGUUUAAAAGCAAUCGAGUGUUUUAAUAAUUUAUCACCAUCUCAAAGAAAUACCGGUUGGGUUUUGGCUAUGAUUGCUAAAGCAUACUACGAACUUCCCGAUUAUCCAAAUAGUAUAAAAUAUUUCCGUAAAGUGAGGGAAACAGAUCCGGAAAGAUUGUUGUUAACCGAAUUAUACAGCACGGCUCUUUGGUUUUUACAACGCUCGGUUUAUUCCAAACAAGAAAAAUAUGAAUUGGCACUGGCACAUUAUUAUAUGGCAGAAAGUAUAAAUCCUAAAAACGUGGUUAUAUUGUGUCACAUUGGAGUCGUUCAAAACGCGAGGCAGAAAACGGAAUCUGCACUUAACUGGCUUGGUAAAGCAUUAGCAAUUAAUCCGAAAAGCGCUUUGUGUAAGUUUCAUAGGGCGAAAAUAUAUUUUAAUAUCGGUAGGCACGUGGAAGCACUCAAAGAAUUGGAACAGCUAAAACAAAUAGUACCUAAAGAAUCACUAGUCUAUUAUCUAAUUGGAAAGCUUCACAAAAAAUUAGGAAAUACUCAUUUGGCACUCAUGCACUUUAGUUGGGCUAUGGAUUUAGAUCCGAAAGGGACUCACACACAAAUAAAAGAAUCCAUCGAUCCGUCGUUAUCGCGAGGACCGGGAGAAGACGGGAUUAUUUCCGGUCAAGAUACGACGGCAGAAAAUGAAGUUGAUGAAGGAGGAUCGAUCGAACCCAAUCAACAACCUCCUCCCGAACACCACGAACAAAGCCUUCAAGAAUCAGACGAGAGUUUUUAA